CAGUUUGUGAGUUUCACUCUGUUGUUGUUAUUAGGAAUCGAUUGUCAAUUGUUUUUUUUUUCUCAGGGAGUCUGUAUUGCAGAAGAUCGUAUUAGUCAGUUACCUGAUGAAAUUCUGGUAUAUAUACUGUCUUCUCUUACUGUUGAAGAAGCAUCUUACACAAGUAUCCUCUCAAGGCGUUGGCGAAGUUUGUGGACAUGUAUUGAUAGGCUUGAUUUUGAUGCUACAGAACCCUUGGAUGAAGUAGCCUCGAAAUACAAGCUACGGAAGAAGUAUCUGAGAUGGGUCAACUCUACUUUACAAAUGUGUAAAGAGCAAACACUCAGCCAAUUUCGAAUUUGUUUUGAUUUAGACAAAUACGCCCAGUAUGAUAUUGAUAAAUGGCUUGAAUUUGCCUUUUCUAGGAAAGUUCAAAGACUAGAAUUAGACUUACGUAUAGAGGAAAACUAUCCUCGUGAUUUUAAUAACUGUUAUGCUUUUCCAGCACGGCUCCUUGGUCUUGGUGAUUUUGCUCACUCAUCUUCAUCUAAACCUCAUUCUGAUAAACUCCAAAUACACCCACUUGUCCAGCAGAAUUUCAAGUCUCUAAAAAUGUUGCUAUUGAAAUCCGUAAAUGUGACGGGACAAGUUCUCGAGUUCUUUCUACACAAUUGUCCAUUUAUUGAAACUAUGGUUGUUCAUGAAUCAGGAACAUUGGUAAAUUUGGAAGUUGUUGGUCCGUCCCUCAACCUGAGGCACUUGGAGAUAUGGUCCUGUCGUAAUGUAGAAUCACUUAAAAUUUGUGAUACAAACCUUGUAACAUUAGGGACUUCAUCAGGAAGGGUAUUAAUGCUUAAGAAUGUUCCGACACUGGUUAAUGUACACAUUUUGUGUGUGCCAUACACUCAUUUAUUGAAUGACAUAUCCUCUCAUCUUUCUUGCGUUCUCUCUCAGCUGGAGGUCCUUACACUAGAUGCUUUUUCAUUGGUUAGUGAACAGAACUUGAGUCUAUCUACGCUUGUUUUACUAGCUUAGCACCUAACUGGUACCUUCUAUGUAGUUGGAACUUCCGCAGGAAGAAUUGGAGCAUUACAAUUUUCCUAUACUUGCGAAGCUCAAGAAAUUUGUUUUCAUCACAUUCAGAUGUACAUUGAGAUGGAAAGGCCAGAGCCUCUUAGGCUGCACAUCUAUAAUAAGGGCUGCCCCACAGUUGAAGGAAUUUGAAAUACAAGUAAGUAUCAUGUUUUGAGUUCUUUUUCCUAUUUGGCUGGUACGGAAGUUUGAUUUAUUUGUUUUUAGCGAUUCUGGUUCAUGGAGUUUUUGAUGCUGAUUCUUGAGUAUCUUAGUUAUUUAAGCAGUUGAGCU